AUGGGUGCCCGGGUUGAGACACAAGUUGCAGAUAAUCCUCUGCAUGGGCUUGCUCUCGAGGAGGAUUUGGAUAUUCGGGACCCCUUGCGACACUACAUGGGAAUCGAAUCUUCUGAUAGUACUGUGGUACAAUCAUACUCAAUGCUCCCAGAACAGCAAUAUUCGGUCCAAAACGAUCUCAUCAAGCUUCCACUGGGCCAAAGAAGUGAUACUCCAGAGAUCGUUCUCACAUUAGCUAUUUCGGCGAGGGAAGGAUGUGGUGGUGUGGCCUGGCCGGCAGGACAGGUUCUAGCAGACUAUCUGAUUGAGAAAGGCAGCGAUUUCCUCAAGGGUAAGACUAUCCUCGAGUUGGGUAGUGGCACAGGUCUCGUCGGUCUUGCUGCGGCCAUCCUGGGGGGGCAUGUUUGGAUCACGGACCAAGCGCCCUUGCUCGACAUCAUGCGGCGCAACGUAAUCCUCAACGAUCUAUCGCAAGAGGUCACCGUUGCCGAGCUUGACUGGGGAUUACCCAUACCGGAAUCAAUACCCAAGCCCGACAUCAUUCUCGCAGCGGACUGUGUCUACUUCGAGCCUGCCUUCCCUCUGCUUGUCAAGACCCUCACCGAUCUAUCGGACACUAGCACCGAAAUACUGUUCUGUUACAAGAAACGGCGCAAAGCGGAUAAGCGGUUUUUUGUCUUGUUGAAAAAGGCAUUCACAUGGACUGAGGUGUUGGACGAUCCGGCUCGAAGCAUCUAUUCACGGGACGCAAUCUCGCUGCUCCGCUUGGUGAAACGCUGA